AUGCAUCUUAUAUCGACGUUUGUGAUUUUUUUUUUAAUUCUGAGUUUUCAUCUUGGAAACUGCAACCCGUUUCUAAGGAAAGUUCUUGAUAUGUUCCACGGUGGCAAACAAAAAUUUCAGGUAAACGACGAGACAAGGAAAAGCGUUGAUAUUCUGGAUGUAAAUGAAUUUAAACACCACGAUUACGAGGAAUUGACCUGGUUUUUAAAGUACUUUGCUAAAAAGUACCCAGACAUUACAAGAUUGUAUUCUAUUGGAUACAGCGUGCAGAACCGUAAGCUAUGGGUGAUGGAGAUAUCAGACAAUCCCGGAAAACACGAAGCUGGCGAAGCGGAAGUAAAAUAUAUCGGAAACAUUCACGGUAAUGAAGCCUUGGGCCGAGAACUUUUAUUACAGCUGACAAAAUACUUUUGCGAAAACUAUGAAAAUGACCCAGAAAUCAAGAAUCUUGUGCAGCAGACAAGAAUACACAUUUUGCCGAGCAUGAACCCGGAUGGUUACGAAUUGGCAGCUGUUCGUGGCAAGGGGAACAAACUGGUUGGAAAGAGAAACGCUUUUCGAGUCGAUUUAAAUCGUAAUUUUCCAGACCAAUUUUUCCCCAGUACUACUGGUCCACCACAGCCCGAGGUCAGGGCUGUGAUGGACUGGAUAAAGGAGUACCCGUUUGUAUUAUCUGCUAGUCUGCAUAGCGGAGCUUUGGUUGCGCUCUAUCCUUAUGACGAUUCACCGUCAGGACAGAGUCAGUACAGCGCUACACCGGAUGACGAUGUUUUCAGACGUUUAGCCAAGACAUAUUCGCAGGUACCUUAUGUUUAAUUUAAUUCCUAACGGUACCAAUUUGAGGGAGAUGUCUAGAUAACUCGACCGUUAGGGUAAAUCUUACAUGUCUUACAAAUCCUUCUAGUUGCUGCUACAAGAAAAUGUAUGCAGACCUUUGAGGAAAAUUUAUGAAAGAAAGAAUUAAGUGUUAUUUCCCUGAAAGUUUGAAUUUUAUCACUUGAGCUUUUAGCAUUUACUAUUUGGGUUUGUUAUUCCUUUCUGUGAAUUUAGCGUUAAGUAUCAUUUUACAUAUUGAUGAAUUUCAACUGUCGGUGACCAGUUUGGGGAAGGUCUUAUCCCCCUUUUUUCACUCUUUACAAUCUAGCAUCAAUAUGCAUAUUCUCCAUACUGCUCUCUGUAUAUUUGCUGUGAUAUUGACAUGGAGAAUUUAUAUAAAAAUGAAGAGCUGCUUAAGUAAGCGAUCAUUUCCUUUAUUCUCAUGACCUUAAUGUUUGAUUUAGCAGUGAUAAUGUAAGGAGAUAUAGAGUGUUGGUCAAUCUUAGGAGUCGAAGGGUUUAAGUCAAAAACUGAUUCGCUGCUUUGUUUUCUACCCAAGGCGCAUCCCGUGAUGCAUCUGGCAAAUCCUAAAUGGAACUGUACGGAUCAAAAGGAAGAACAUUUCAUAGACGGCAUCACAAAUGGUGCCAGCUGGUCGAGUUUGUCUGGAGGCAUGCAGGAUUACAACUACGUUCACUCGAACUGCUUUGAAAUAACACUGGAGCUUGGCUGCGAUCGAUUUCCUAAAGGUUCCGAGCUGGAAAAGUACUGGCAUGAUAACAAGAAGGCUUUGGUGGAGUUGACUCAGCAGGUAUGAGACUUUCUCCUAUUUUGUUGAAAUGUCAUUGUGAUGCAGAUUCUCUGCCUUCGAGACCGGUCAUUGUAUUCUGAUGACCUUUCCCCCCCCCCCCUUAGUGGCGCUUAAAUGGCGGUCAAUUUUCUACAGUUCCCCGUUAUUUCUACAAAGAGUCAAACAUGUAUCAUUUCUCUUGCAUCUAAGGUGCAUUAUGGCGUGAGUGGAUUUGUCAAGAACAUACAAGGAGAGCCUCUCUCUGAUGCAACCAUUAGCGUUGCAGAUCGUCGUCAUGACGUCACUUCAUCAAAGGAUGGAGACUUUUGGCGUUUACUCGUACCAGGUUCAUACGAAAUCACAGCCACGGCACAAGGUUACCAGCCACAAACCCAGCUUGUGGAGCUUCGGGCGUUUGAAGGGAAAGUUGUAAAUUUUACUCUAAAGCCGACUCAGGAAGACGGGAUGAAGAUAUCACUUGAAGGAAGCGAAGACGAAUUAUUAGACCGAGUCAUGGUGAGUCUAAGAUACACAGCAUUAUUUUUUUUACUGAUUUACAGAGUAAUUUAUCUCGGAGCUGUGUUGGGAUGUGUACUUGUCCUGUGGAGACGAACGAAAAAAACCAGCGAACGUUUUCAAGAGCAAAUAAGGAAAAAUGAGGGACAAUAAGGGCGCUCAUUUCACUCAUAUUCAGUUCAAGAUGGAAACGUAAUUCUGUUUACUCAAUCCUUCAGUCUGUGAUCCUUCAAUUUUUUUGACACGUCUUUUUAUGUCAUUUUUAAACAGGCAGGAACCUUUGUCACGGACGAAGGAGUGGAUCCGAGGGAGCAUAUCAUCAAGCUGACCAAUCAGAAUGACAGAGAGGAACAGCCGUUUCAUAAACACGUAUUACAUCCAGGGCUUAACGACAGGUGUGUCAUGUAAGGCGUUAUGAAAUGAAAUCAUAAAGUUGGUCGGACUUCGCUGUAGUAGUCGCCCUUUCUUAGUCACCUCAGGCACGUCGACGCACAUUCAUCGAGAUCUUACUAUGACAGCUCAUCAACUUGCAAAAUGAGCUUUUGUUAACGUAGGCUUGGUUCAUAGACUAAGACUAAUAGUUGGGUUGAGUUAAUGUUCUCAGAGAGCAUAUUCUCUUGUCGUCACUAGUAUCACGAACACAGCAAAUAACCGUGUUGAUUUUUUCCUUUUUUCAUAUUUAUAGAUCUAGGUUGUCUCUUGAGAAUGCGCUUCUUAGCGAUGAAACUGCUCGUGGAAGUGGAUCUGUUGAAGAAAGCAAACCCGACGAUAUCUCUGGUGAAGGAGGAGGGAGUGGUGACGUAAAAUCCAAGCAGGAACCAGACAGACGGGUGUCUCAUCCAAAACCGGUUAAACCAGACAAACCUGUCACUAUCUCAAGACCGGUAAAGCCGGCUAAGCGUGUCACUAUUCAGAAACCGGCUAAAACCAUCAGUAACAAGACAGCCCCCAAAGUUAUUACAAAGCCCCAAGCUCCUAAACCGAAAAUCAAUGUGAUACAAAAGAAACCAGCGCUUGCAGCAGGGAAGAAAACCAUACCCUCUAAAUCACCUGCCACAGACAAGCGCUUCUUGAAGUUGAUUGGCUCAAACGUGGCGUGUCGUCUGGUUGGAAAGAAGGGAUUAAAGAAUGGAAACUUGAGGUGGGUGGGGCACUUACCCCACUUGCCAUUAGACGACUCCCAUCUCAUCGCUGGUGUGGAGUUAUCCACCGAUGAUAAACUGGGAACUGACGGCACAUAUCGUGGUGUAAAUUACUUUAAAAGUGCUCCGAAACGAGGUUACUUCUUCCGACUGAGGGACUGUAAGGCUUUGAAGCAUUGAAACUUUAUUUCCCUUGAACUGAUUCGAAAUUAUCCGUCAUAAGCUGCACGGCAUUCAUUGUAUGCUAGUUUCGAGAAUCUGGUGUUAUAUGGGGAUGACGUAUAACAACCAUUCUGCUCCUCAGAGAGCAUCACUAAAAACCGCUUUGGCUCUCCCUUACAAUAUUAUUUUCAUCAUAGUGCGAUAUCAUUAUCAUUUGUUAAAUUAUCAUUACUAUUAUUAGCUGAUGCCUUUUUGUAUUGUCAUCAACUUUUUUUCUGUACAAAGUUUUGAUAUUAAUCGAAACAAGAAGUUAUAAAACAAAAAAUAUAUAGCCACUAAACAGUAGAGUGAAAUGCAACCUUUUCAGUGACACUAGAAAUAUUGGUGUUAGACCUUCAUCAGUGUUGUUCCUGACGGACAGUUCAGAUUAGCGUCAAGACUUUCUUUGUAGCUUCUCUUGACCUUGCUAGUUUUAUCUUCACAGUUUCCUGAUCAGUGACUGAGAAUUUUUUUGAUAAGACGUAAGUUUUUUGUACAUGUAAA